AUGCGCUACGCAGACCCCUCGGCGAACCGGGAUUUGUUGGGGAACCGAACUUUACUCUUCAUUUUCAUCUGCGCCUUCGCCUUGGUGACCUUGCUGCAACAGAUCUUGUACGGCAGAAACUACAUCAAGAGAGGCCUCCAGUUUGGUUGGCAGAGUGGCGACCAGCUGGCCAAUUGGACGGGGCUCUUUAAUGUCACGGACGACCCGGCAGUGCAGAGCGGCAGUACCUCCAGCUCCAGGUACUUUGAAUUUUACGAGGGCCCGUUUGAGUAUAACUCCACGAGAUGCCUGGAGCUGAGGCACGAAAUCUUGGAAGUGAAGGUGCUGUCCAUGGUGAAGCAGUCGGAGCUGUUUGACAGAUGGAAGAGCCUGCAGAUGUGCCGAUGGGCGAUGAAUAUCUCUGAAGCCAACCAGUUCAAGUCCACUCUGUCCAGGUGCUGCAAUGCCCCUUCCUUCCUCUUCACCACCCAGAAGAACACCCCCCUGGGGACGAAGCUCAAGUAUGAAGUGGACACCAGCGGCAUCUACCACAUCAACCAGGAAAUCUUCCGCAUGUUUCCCAAGGACAUGCCCUACUACCGGUCCCAGUUUAAGAAGUGUGCAGUGGUGGGCAACGGAGGCAUCCUAAAGAACAGCCGCUGUGGGAGGGAGAUCAACAGUGCCGACUUUGUCUUCCGGUGCAACCUACCCCCCAUCUCAGAGAAGUAUACCAUGGAUGUGGGCGUGAAGACAGAUGUGGUCACUGUGAACCCCAGCAUCAUCACAGAGAGGUUCCACAAGUUGGAGAAGUGGCGGCGGCCCUUCUAUCGGGUGCUGCAGGUGUACGAGAACGCGUCGGUGCUGCUGCCCGCCUUCUACAACACGCGCAACACCGACGUGUCCAUCCGCGUCAAGUACGUGCUGGAUGACUUUGAGUCGCCGCAGGCCGUGUACUACUUCCACCCGCAGUACCUGGUCAACGUGUCGCGCUACUGGCUCAGCCUGGGGGUGCGCGCCAAGCGCAUCAGCACCGGCCUCAUCCUGGCCACGGCGGCGCUAGAGCUCUGCGAGGAGGUGCACCUGUUCGGCUUCUGGGCCUUCCCCAUGAACCCCUCGGGCCUCUACAUCACCCACCACUACUAUGACAACGUCAAGCCCCGUCCUGGCUUCCACGCCAUGCCCUCCGAGAUAUUUAACUUCCUGCACCUGCACAGCCGGGGCAUCCUGCGCGUGCACACGGGCGCCUGCAACUGCUGCUGAGGGUGGCGCGGGCUGGCCGGCCCCCGCGGCGAGCAG